GUGUGGGAAUUAAAUAAAAAACAAAACAAAGGUAAAGGCAGAGCGUCGGUAAAGAAAAGCAAAUGAUGCUUCCCAACUCGUCGAUCUUCUUCCAAAGGAAGCAACGAAUCGAUAUCUGUCAUGUGUGUUGCUUUGUCACAGUUCAUACCACCCCAAGAAGGCCAUUAGCACGGCGUGUGUUGCUCAAUUCCUGCAGCCACUCUCGCUUCCACUUCGCAUCGUGUGUGCUCGCACAGCGGCAAGGCAAUAAUGGCACCGCCGCGCCGCUACCUGGCAGCGUCUGCGUUGCUCGCCCUGCUAUGCGCGUGCGCCACCACGGCGCCGCCGGCCUCCGUCGCGUCCGCGAGCGUGCCGAUCACUACGUGCCGGUCCUUCUGCGGCAACAUCACGGUGGACUACCCGUUCGCGCUCCACCCCGGGUGCGGCCACGCGGGGCUCCGCGACCUCCUCUUCUGCAUCAACGGCGCGCUGAUGCUCCACCUCCCCUCGGGCUCCUACCGCGUCCUCGACGUGGACUACGCCUACCGGGGCCUCACCCUGCACGACCCGGCCAUGUCCGACUGCCGCGCGCUCGACCUCACCCCGGCGGGCCGGGGCAACGGCUUCGUCCUCGAGCCGUGGCGGGAGCCGUACCUGUCGCCGGACCCGGACAACGUGUUCCUCCUCCUCGGCUGCCGCGCCACCUCCCCGCUCUUCCAGGGCUUCCCCGACCGCCACCUCCCCUGCCGGAACGUGUCCGGGAUGGGGUGCGACGACUACCUCGGCUGCGUCGCCUGGGACGACUACUACGCCGGCGCCGGCGGCGGGCGGCGGGGCCCGUCGGGCGACGCGGCGUAUGGCACGGCCACGGGGCAGCCGCCCGAGUGCUGCGCGGUGCCCUGGGCCGCCAUCCGGGCGGUGAACGUGAGCCGGCUCGAGUGCGAGGGGUACAGCAGCGCGUACAGCCUCGCGCCCGUGCGCGCCCAGGGCGGCGCCGCGGGGUGGGCGUACGGGAUCCGGGUGUCGUGGACGCUGCCGGAGUCCAACCGCGGGUUCUGCGGCGCGUGCCGCGCCACGGGCGGGGCGUGCGGCCAUGACAUGGAGAGCCACGCCGACGUGUGCCUGUGCGGGGACUGGAACUCCACCUCCAACUGCGACUCCUCCGCCGACGCAGCACGGUCGGGCGCCGCCGACGCCGACACGCCGCGCGCGGUCGCCGCGCUUAGCUGGGCCAUCCUCGCCUCAGGAUUGACGUCACUAUGGUAGUACGCGUCGAGAUCAAACGUGUGAUGGACGGUGGAUUCAUGGUUUGAUCGAACACAAAGGCUGUCUACUCCAUAUUCAGAUGUUUCGUGGCCUAUCAAAAAUCGACAGCUACCAACCUUUACCAACAGUAGGAGUACACACCAUCUGGAGAAAAACCUUGUGUUUCAGGAGCUUGAAACAACCGAAUUUCAGAACCCACGAUCACUGUCACAUGCUUGAAGUUAAUACGGAGUAACGCAUAAUUGCUUCAUACGUACUGGUCUAUGUUUAGAAUCACUCGUAUAAUGGACAAAAGCCAGAUAGGAUCAUGUUUGUUGUAGCAAGGCUGUGUCCCGUUAUGUACACCGGGCUCGCUCCUCAGGUCCCAUGUGAUGUGAGUUUUGUCGCACAUUAGCAGCGGUACGGCCGGUCAGUUGUAUACUAUUCAGUUAAACAACACGAAGCCUAGAUGAUUA